AUGUCGGACACGCACUACGCUGAGAAUGUGGUCAGCGCUGAAGGGCAGAUGAUGGCCUACCAGGAGAUGUGGUGGAGCCAAGAGCGAACCCGAAAAAGGGACAGCGGACUCGCCUUCAGCUCGGAAGAAGCAGUCCACGGCGACGACGCCGGAGCCUGGAGCCUCAAGAUGCUCAAACGACCGCGGGUUUCGGUUGAGACACCGUUCCGCAGAUACAUUACGAUCGGCCCAGGAGAAGACCCAUUCCCGCUUUAUGGAAAGCAGGCCAUGGAGAGCAUGCCGGCAGUCAAGUAUGGAAGCUUGGAAGAUGCAGCAGCGCGGCGAGAUGCAGCCGUGCUCCUCGAACAAACCGUGAGCCGGGAACGUGGAGACAGGCACACCAUUUGA